UGUCUUUACCUCUUUCCCUUUUCUAUCUAUCUCCAUCUUUACGUUUCCAUUAGCGUAUUCUCCUUGAAAUUCCAAGAUCGUAUUUCCAUCUCCCUCCUUGAAUGAUUAAUUAAAUUUAGGUACUAGAUCUAGUCAAGGGUCCGAAGAUCGAUACUGAUUGAUGGGUGAUUUCUUCGCCAAUCAUCGACAUGGUAUCUGUUCCAGAAUCACCGGCGUUCUGUUCAGGCAUCAUCGUUUUUCCGGCGGCAAAUUCAGCUGUUGGAGCGGGAAUCCUGUAUGUGGAAAGAGAUACCAUUUCAUAAUAAAGGGUGACGGGGCUUCCAUUGGUGGUUAUAACAAGUCAUGUGCUGGUUGUGGUGCUUCCCUCCAUUUAUCUGACUCAAGGUGUAAGACAUGUAACCAUGUGAUGACUACAGAAGAUAUAGAGGAUUGGAUGUAUAACCAAUUGGAUGAUACCAAUCAUCUUUUACAUGGUGUAGUUCAUGUAAAUGGUUAUGGACAUCUUCUUAGAGUCAAUGGGAGAGAAGGUGGGUCAAGGGUCCUUUCAGGCACUCAUAUCAUGGACUUUUGGGAUCGACUUUGUAAAGUUCUUGGAGUCAGACAAGUGAGUGUCAUGGACGUAUCAAAAAAAUACGGUUUAGACUUCCGACUGCUCCACUCAAUAAUCAAGGGUCAUCCAUGGUACGGAGACUGGGGUUACAAAUUCGGUGCGGGAAGUUACGGAAUUACCCUUGAAGCCUACAACACUGCUAUCGAAACCCUAGCAAACACACCCUUAUCCACCUUAUCACCCCAACCCCGUAAACCCAGAACACAUCUCCAAGAUUCAAUUUCCUUCUACCAAUCCUUAUCCGAUCACAAACUCCUAACUUUUCAAGACCUUUUCCAAUACCUAACAACCCUAAUACACGAUGCCAACAAGGUCGAUUUUCGCUCUUCAAAGAAGGCUAAAUUGAGUGAUUCGAGGGUGUUGUGUGCGUGGAGUAUGGGUGAUAUACUCCGUGUUGAGGAGGCAAUGUUUAGGGUUUUACGCGCGGUUAGUGGGUCCGCCUGGGUUAGCUGGCGGUCCCUACGUGGGGCGGUCUGUCGGGUGGGUCGGCCUGAGCUUUUGGAUUAUUGUCUUAAGGAGUUGAAAGGGAAACAAGCGGCGGAUGGGAUGGUGAUUAACGCGCGUUUGAAUUCGGAUUCCGGUUCUAUCGAAUAUCGGUUGGAACCGGGAAGCGGGAAUUCAAUCUCGAUGACCAACAAUCCGAAAUUCCCAAAUUGCCCCUCGGAAGAUCAUUUAUUACGAGAUCUAAGAUUCUUAUACGAAUCAUUACUCCGUCCUCCUCAACACACAACACCACAUCACAUAACAAACCAAACCUCCUCCGCCCAAAAAAUCCUUGACUGCAAACAAUUUGUAAAAAACUACCACCCCGAACUCCAAUUCCCAAACUCAAAACCGCAUUCCCUAAUCCUAAACUGCAAACUCCAACUCACGGAAGAACCAACCACAAUUAACCCACCUCCCGAACACCUAAUCCUUCCCUCAAACGCAACAAUCCAUGACUUAAAAACCGAAUCCUCGAAAGCUUUCCAAGAUGUUUAUUUAGUUCUUAGAAGGUUUGAAGCCGAUGAGCUCGUUGGAUAUGGAGGUGUCGAUGAGUCCACCCAAAUCAAGCUCUUAAUCGGGUCGAAUAAUAAUAAUAAUAUUAAUACAGUUACAGUUAGUGGGAAGUGUGUUGGGAAUGGGAAUGGGAAUGGGAAGAUCGGGUUGACUCGGUACCGGAUGGAGAGAGGGGUGGAGACGUGGACGUUGGAUUGUCGGUGUGGGGCGAAGGAUGAUGAUGGAGAGAGGAUGUUGGCGUGUGAUGGGUGUGGGGUGUGGCAACACACGAGGUGUGUGGGGAUUGAUGACUUGUGUGUGGUUCCGGUGAAGUUUGUUUGUUGUAAAUGUGGCGGAGAUGGUGGUGGUGGUGGUAGAUGAAUUUUUUUAGGGUUUUUUUUUUUUUUUUUUUUUUUUUUUUUUUUUUUUUUUUUUAAAUAAAGUUUUAGUUUUGGAUGGGAUUUUGGUGUUGGGAGGCUUUGAAACGGUGUAAAUAUGUGGGACUUUUGGGUUAUAGCCUCUACAAUAAAAACACUCGUCCUUGAUCACUCUUUUUGUUUUCGUCUUUUAUGGUUUUCAUGCGAAAUAAUGAUUUUUUUAAGCAAUAAGAUUAAGAUCUUGUAAGGUUCAAGACUU